AUGUUUACGGCUCUGCUGAUUAUCGUUGUGGGAGUGACCAAAAUAUUGGCCACAGACUACAUCCUGCUGAUCGAGGACCCGGACCUCUACACGCCGUGCGCCGAAGGUCCUCCAGGAUCAAUGACCUUCAACGAUGCCUUCGAUGUGAGCGCCGCGAAGAUCAGUAUGGACCCCGAGGGGAUUCAUGUUACGGGGAAUAUUACAUCUAUGUGGAGUUUACCGCGCACAGAUCGCAUUUCCAUCAGAUUGACAGUGCUGAAAUAUAAUCGCGGUAGCUGGGAACCGACAUUAUUUAACAUGGUCACGCGGGACUUUUGCGCCUCGAUGUUCGAUCCGAAUCAGGUCUGGUUUAAACACUGGUUCCAAUAUUUUAAAAACCGCGACGAGAUUCAAGAAAAGUGCAUCGCAACAAAGGGUACCGUUCUGGUGUACAAUAAGUUUGAUGUAAUUCCACACCUAUAUAACGUCAUGGGCCCAAAUCUUAAUGGACGAUAUAAAGCGGUGUUCUUGUUUGAAGCAUUUGACGAAAAGAACGUAAAACGAGAUACAUCCGUAUGCUUCGAGGUGACAGGCGAGGUUGAGAAAGUACGGAAAUAAUAAUCUCGAGACUUCAUAUCGUAAUUAUUGAUAAUUUUAAUAUUUUAUUUGAAAACAAAUUUUUUUAAAGCUAUAUUAUAAAGUCGUC